UGCAACUAUAAUACCUGUUCACUGUUGCAAAAGACCGGGCCCACUGCAUUAUUUAUUUAUUUUUUUGCUGCAUGAUAUUAAGAUCGUAGCGAUCAUUAAUAUUGUCCUUUUUCUCAUUCUUUUCUUUUGUUUCCCAAUUUCUUUCGCUUCACUUUGAUUUGCUUACACAACAUUGAUACUACUACGAGUAGACAGCGAAAUGGAAGAAAGCAAUCGUAUUGUAGAGAAAACCGUACAUACAGGACAACAACAACAACAACAACAAAUGUCAUCGUCAUUACCAGCAACAACUCCGGUCGUCAAUCCUUCAAACCCAAAUCUACAAAAGAAACAGCAGCACAUAGAAGACUCGCCGAUUGCUAACUCUUUACCCACGGAUCACAUUACUGAUGUCGAUGAAUAUAAACCGCCAACAGCUGAAGAAAUCCGGCGAUUGACAUGGAAACGUGACUUACGAAUAAUUCCACUGGUGUUUUUAUUCUUCCUGUUUUCAUUUCUUGACCGGGUUAACAUCGGAAAUGCAAAGCUCGCUGGUCUUAUGGACGAUAUCAAAAUUACAGAAGAUCAAUACAAUGGUGCACUAUCGAUAUUCUUUGCUGGAUAUAUUGCUUUUGAAAUACCUGCGAACAUGAUGCUCAACAAACUUGGACCGAGAGUUUGGAUGGCAAUUCUAUUAGUGGUGUGGGGCACGAUUUUGGCUUCAAUGGCCAGCAUCACAACCGGCACCCAACUGAUCGUUGCCCGAUUUUUUCUCGGUGUUGCUGAGGCUGGACUACUUCCAGCGAUUUACUAUUAUUUAUCUGUCUGGUAUACAAGAAAAGAACAGGCACAAAAGGUUUCUUUGUUUUUGACCUCCCUAUCUCUUUCUGGAGCCGUAGGUGGACUUUUGGCAUAUGGUAUUGUAAGAAUGGAUGGCAUACAUGGAAUGGGUGGCUGGCAGUGGAUUUUUAUUAUUGAAGCUAUCCCCACGCUUGUCUUGUCUAUCGUUUGCUUCAUUGCCCUGCCCGAUUAUCCAGAAAAAACAGGGUCUACAUUUCUAACGGAACAUGAACGCAAAGUGCUGCUUGAUAUGCUGAGGGCAGAUGCCGGACCUGCCCCAGAAAACGACCCCGAAUUUUCGUGGAAGCAGUUUUUCUCUGUUUUCAAGGAUUGGGUGGUGUAUAUGUAUUGUAUAACUGUUAUCGGGGUAAUCGUCUGCAUAUACAGUAUUGGCAUGUUUUUACCUUCUAUUGUCCGUGGAAUGGGAUUUACGUCUCUCAAUGCUCAGGCAAUGACAGUCCCUCCGUACAUCUUGGCAUCCAUUACCAUCCUUAUCAAUGGCCACAGCGCCGCUAGAUGUGGAGAACGAGGCUUGCAUGUAGUGGCAAGCGUACUACUCUCUGUCGUUGGAUACAUCAUGCUUAUAGCAUUGCAAGGUGACAGCUUAGCCGGUCGCUAUGUUGCCACAAUGCUUAUAACAACUGGCGCCUUUUCAUGCUAUGGCAGCAUGGGAUCAUGGUUUACCAGUAAUUUUGCUGGACGCACCAAACGAUCUAUUGCUAUCGCGACCAUCAAUUGUGCUGGUAACCUUGGAGGCGUUAUUGCAGGCCAGCUGUAUCGAGAUAACGAUGCUCCUUAUUAUAUUCACGGUCAUGGAGCAGCUUUAGGGUUCGCGUGUGCUACCAUUCUCUUUUCGCUCAUUCUUAAACUGCUACUUCGAAGAAUCAACAAAAAGCGUGACGGGCUCACAGGUGAAGAGCGUGCUACUAUUAUAGCUGAAGAAAAAGCUGACAAUCUCCUUGAGAAGCAUCCAGAUUUCAGAUAUAUUUUGUAAAUAGCACAUUACUAUCAUUAAUGACCGUAAAAAGUCAAUUUGUAUACAAUUUUAUUUACGAUCCCUGGAUAACUUGUAUUAAAUCCUUGGACCAGCGAACAUAAAGUGUGAGCAUGGAAAAGUGUAUUGCAAUAAAGUUUAGAUCGUCGUUGCAGUGAUAUUCAAAGGCCGUAGUAUAUUAUCGCUGUAAAAACACCGCAGUAAAGCUGUGGAACGAGGAGGACAAGUUGUGCAAGGUUGUGUUAAAAGAAAAGGCAAAGAGGCAGGAGCGACGUAUACAUACGCUGGUUGCGAAUAAAAAACCGACAAAAAUUGCUGGAAGCACGGACGUAACAUAGUGUUGCUC